AUGGAGACAGGUGCACUACCGAACACAAAUCGGGAUUGGAAUGGUGGCAAGACCAAGGAAGACUUAGAGAAAAGCAACGAUAAUCAUUAUAUUGAUCCAUUGCCUUUUAUUCGAAACGAAGAACAGUGUGCUGUGAUCACUGCAUACCUUGAGCAUCUAUUGGAAGAGCAGCCAUCAGAAUUACGCUGGUGCGUUACUGGCAUCACAGGAACAGGGAAGAACUACGUCAUGAAGAUUCUUCAUGGUAUAACAAUGCUUUGGACGGCUAAUGCAAUGUCUUCAAUCAUCACCGCUCCAACUGGUGCUGCAGCUGGUAACGUAGGUGGUUCAACACUCGACCGCCUAGGUAAAUUUAAGCGCCUGGCUACGGAGGAUGUUUCCCUGAGUAAGUCUGGAAACGAAUCUGAAUUCGCACAACAGCAAACGCUUCUACAAAACACUAUUCUUCUACAGAUAGAUGAGGGCUUCAUGUAUGGCAAGAGGCUUCUAGGGUAA